AUGAGUCUUAAAUUCCUGACGUUCCUACUCGUCAUUACAGUCUGUGCUGAUUCCAGCAAUGGCUCUGUCUUCGACAUUUUAGAGCCUAACUCUAAUAGUCGUCAUCUCAGGGGUACUUUAAAUCAUGCCAAGACGAACGACGAAGAGAGGAACGCGGCUGUAGUGGCGCUCGUUUUCGCAGCGGAGCAGGCCAGAGCAGAACAUCUAGUUAAACAGGGCGGCAAAGUAGCUGCGGCGAAUCAUGCAAAGCAGUCAAACAAAAUCGGUGGGGACAAGAUUUCGGGUGCGCUGACUAGCACCUCGAAGAAGGAUCGAGCCGGAGCUAUAGCUUUUUUCGCUGUUUACCUCGGGCUACCUUUGGCGGUCGGCGCAGUCAUUCAUCUACUGGCUAAAUCACGCCAUACCACCUCUGGCGAGCAAUAG